UACCCGCAUGCAGUUUGUGCCCAAGCCUCUGCCAAAAAUGAAAAUUUCAUCGGAAAACCAUCUUUUGAUUGGGCCCAAUAUCUAUCAGUGACAUCUCAAGCUGUCACAGGUGGAAGGAAUCAUUGGCCUUUAUGUGAAACAAGGUAACCAACUGAAAAGCCUCUGUUUUUUUUUUCCUCUCCAAAAUGCCGGUGAAUAUGGCUGGGUGCCGCUGCCGCACAGACUGCGUUGAGAAGCCGUUCUCCAUUGGGUAUCAGAAGUUCGGCCGCUUCGUGGGAAAGCAUCCCUGGUGUUUUUUUAUUGCGCCUCUUUUCCUCUCGACAGUGCUUGGAUCCGGAUUUUAUUUCCUAGAGGAGCGAGAAUCCAAUGACAUUGAGGAACAAUUUACACCAACAAACGGACCAGCCAAACUGGAGAGGAAGUUUGUGCAGGAAAACUUCCCACUGAAUAAUUCAGUUUUCUCCAACCAGAGGCUUUACACUGAUGGUGUGUACGCAUCCUUCAUCGCUGUCUCCAGAUCCCCCAACAUCUUCACCGACGCAGCUCUGCAGGAGAUACUGAGUUUGGACAAGAAGGUCCGGCAGAUCAACAUUACUGCAGGCCAUGAGCGGCUUACUUUUGAAGGACUCUGCGCCAGGAAGUAUAACAAAUGCAUCCCAAAUAAGAUUAUAGAUAUUGUGAAUCAUUACGGCAGCAAGAUCGAACAGACUGAACUCACGUUUCCAUUUUUCCGUUUUGGGUUUUCCCAUGUUUUUCUCGGAUACUCUGUCGGUGGAGUUAAUGUGAGCUCGACGGUCAUCAAAAGUGCCAAAGCAAUAAGACUGUUUUAUUUUCUAAAGGAAGGUAACCGCUCCAUUACAGACUUAUGGCUUCAAGAAUUCCUCAGAGUUUUCCCGGCUAAUAUUUCCCUCAAAUCUAUACAGGUAACCCACUCCACAUCGCUGUCCAGGCAGGUGGAGUUUGAGGCCAACACAAAGGAUGUCAUCCCCUUGUUUUCCAUCACAUAUGUUAUUGCCAUUGGAUUCUCCAUUCUGUCAUGCUUAAGGUUUGAUUGUGUGAGGAAUAAAGUGUGGGUGGCUACCUUUGGUGUGCUUUCUGCUGGCCUGGCUGUGUUGUCGUCCUUUGGGAUGAUGCUCUACAUCGGAGUGCCUUUUGUCAUGACAGUAGCGAACUCGCCAUUCUUGAUCAUGGGUAUUGGUGUUGAUGACAUGUUCAUACUGAUAUCAUGCUGGCAGCAGACCAACGUCCAUGACAGGGUGGAGGACCGCUUGGCAGACACCUACAAAGAGGCAGCCAUCUCCAUCACCAUCACAACUCUGACGGACGUGUUGGCUUUCUACAUCGGGCUGAUGACGCCGUUCCGCUCAGUGCAGUCCUUCUGCCUCUACUCCAGCACCGCCAUCCUGUUCUGUUACUUCUACAGCAUAACCUUCUUUGGGGCCUUCCUGGUCCUGAACGGGAUGAGGGAAAACUCCAACAAGCACUGGCUGACCUGCAAGGAGGUUCCCCACGAUUGUCCCGUUGGUCGCUCCAAAUGGUACGACCUGUGCUGUGUGGGCGGGACUUAUGACCGCCACUCAGGAACCGAGGAAGUGCAGCCCAUGAAUCACUUUUUUAAGAAGUAUUAUGGCCCCGCCCUUACUAAGCCCUGGACUAAAGUGUGUGUCAUCAUAUUGUAUGCGGUCUAUCUGAUCAUUAGUAUUUAUGGAUGCUUCCAAAUCAAGGAGGGGAUAGACCUCCGUAAUCUGGCAGCAGACGAUUCAUAUGUGGUGAGGUAUUAUGACGAUGAAAAAGCUUAUUUCUCUGAAUAUGGCCCAAAUAUUAUGGUUGUCAUAAGAGGUGAAUUUUCAUACUGGGAUGAGAAGCACGUGUCUGAUCUUGAAUCCUGUGUUGAGGACUUCAAAAAUCUGUCCUUUAUCGAGAAGGAUAUAUUUACAUCCUGGCUGAAGUCGUACAAAUACUAUGGAUACCACACCAACCUCAACCUGAGUGUUGAAAAUGUUUUCAAGACAAAUCUAGACACGUUCCUGAGAUUCUACUCUGACUUCAAGCAAGACGUGAAUUUCACCAAUAACUCAAUCCACGCGUCCCGAUUCUUCAUCCAGACCGUCAACAUCUCCACGGCUAUCGAUGAGAUGAAUAUGUUGAACAAACUACGAGAUACUGCGAAAAGAUGUCCUGUACCCCUGAUGGUUUAUCAUCCUGCGUUCAUUUACCACGAUCAGUAUGCUGUGAUAGUGAGUAACACCAUCCAGAACAUCUCAGUCACCACGGCUGUUAUGUUGUUCAUCUCUCUUCUCCUGAUUCCCAACCCCCUCUGCUCACUGUGGGUGACUUUCUCCAUAGCCUCAGUCAUAGUGGGUGUCACUGGGUUCAUGGCGCUCUGGGAUGUCAAUCUCGACACCAUAUCCAUGAUCAUCCUAGUGGUUUGUAUCGGAUUCUCCGUGGAUUUCUCAGCGCACAUUUCCUAUGCCUUCGUUUCCAACCAGAGGCCGAGUGCAAACGAAAAGGCUGUGGAAGCUCUCUUCCAUUUGGGCUAUCCUAUAGUUCAAGGAGCGGUGUCAACUAUACUCGGGGUGGUGGUGCUGUCUGCCUCCAAAAACUACAUCUUCAGGACCUUUUUCAAGAUCAUGUUCCUGGUCAUCCUGUUUGGGCUGAUCCACGGUAUAACCUUCAUCCCUGUCUUUCUGACCUUCUUUGACACUUCCACUUGGGGCUCAAGCAAGCUUAGCGAGGACGAGAAAAGGAAGCCCGAAGAUCAAACUGUCAGCAAAUACCAGGCUAAUAUCAGGAUUGAUGACCAGGAGAAGCAGAUCUAUGAUAAUCACACGUUUCUGCCAGAUACCUUUCAGAUCUGCCCAUCUGAGACUUGCACAUCAGUUUGGACGAUCACCGGCAACAGCAAUCACACCCAAAGUGGACAGAUUUGCAUGGCGAGCACUAUUCCUAUGUUCCGGGUUGAUGGUCAAACCUAUGAAGUACAGAUGUACACUCCCAGAGUCAACGCCCAGUUAACAGACAUCACCAAUCAAAGUCUGGAUUCAAGUGAUCAGAAUCAUGUGAUGGGCAAUAGCCAACCACUCCCCAAUGAGAAUAAUAUCCCAGCCAUGAACUGCUCAAAUUUUGCAGGUCUGAGAAAAAAAGCAAUAAUGUGAUGUAUUCUACAUGUUGUUGUGUGUAUGUGAGAUUACACAAAUGUAAAUUAUUAAAACAAUUACAUGUCACGGUGUUUCAGGAAAUUAACCAUUUAAAAGCUAUUUUAUGAGCACUUAAAAUUAAAUAUUUCAUCUGACACAUUAUUUAGCUAGUUUUCAUUAUUUUGUUUUUGAUAUAUUUCACAUGUAUUUAGGGUUAAAAAAUUUUAUUUAAAAAGAAAAUCAAAGCUUUACUGAUGGUUUAGAAUUUGUAAUAUAUAUACAAUUGAAUCAUCUGUGUCAUUCUGAAAUUAUCCUUUAAUUAUAAAAUUAAUUGUUUUCUCAGUAUUGAAUCAUUUGAGUGCUCAUAAUGCACAGAAUAUUCCAUUUGAUGGCCCAAGUUUAAUUAAAGGCAACAAGCUACUUUUGGUUGAUGAUAAUUGACAGCACUGUGUUCAUUCAACAGUCAAGACAUGCUACAGGCAAUAUUUCAACAUUAUUCAAACUAAUGAAAUGCAAGUAGUGGUUAUUUUCACUUCUGAGUUUGAUGAUAUCAUGAAUACUGUAUUUAUAAUGCUGACAGGAUUAUUAUCACAUUGGAUCUGCCACAAGGUGGCACUGUGGCAACAUACCUAACCAGAAGCAUGUGAUCUUAAAGUCCCCUUUUUUUGAUUGUCAUCUUAAUAUUUCUUGGCAUUUUUGCUGUAUUGAUUAGUUUCCUUGAUCCAGCGUAACUAAGCAAUCCAUGUAUAUUAUGGAGUAUUUCAUCUAUUAUUAACUCUUAAAACUCAGAACAAUUUGGAUAUAUUUUCUGACACUGGGCAGCUUAUUGUGAAUAUUUUGCAUACUUGCCAGAGGGAUUUUGUGCUUGGCUGAAGUUGAGGCUUCAAAAUGCAAAGCCUUUAACUCAUUGUUGGGGGGGGUACAAGGUGAAUUUUUGAACAGACAUCAAAACUUUUGAUCUUUUUAAAGAAACCAAACUGCAGAGAAAAAGAUAUGCAGUGUUUUAUUUGUGGCAACAAAGGCAACAAUUUACUCAAAUUAAAACUGCAGCAGUAUAUACAAAGUAAUGGGAAAAGUGGUGAUGAUUAAGAUGGAGCCCUCAGGGUCUGAGGUGAUAAUGGCUGUUUCAGUAUUUGCUUUGCAUCACGUGUAUCAGGAGGGUCAGAAUUAAAAAUAAUGCCUUGGCUAUUGA